AUCAAAUCAGAUAAGUCGGUAACAAUAUAUUGACAAAAAAAUCCAUUUGGGUAUUAGUGCUUUGUCUUAACUACCGAAAAGAUGAAAGUUGUUCUUUUACUUUUCGCAUGUAUUAUUACCGCACACGCCGGAUAUAGAAUUCCUGCAAACUCAGCUGAUUUCAUUAAGGGAUUACUCCCUAAAUAUGUAUACGAUUCGAAAUCUCUUACGGCUUCGUUGUUGACUGCCUUGGUCAAUAAUGCUGCUGACAAAUUAUUUGAUAACAUAGGAGUGUAUGCUCUUAGCAACGGGCUAGAUCCUAUCGCUCUGGCUGACGUUGACCAAACUCUCCUUGGUAGUGGAGUUAGACUGACUGAGGGUUCGUUUAGUGGUGUGUCCAGUUUUGCAAGAAAUGGAAAUGUUUCAGUAACUUAUUCACCCGAUACUAAAGUGCUGACUCUGAGUCUGCCGAUUAAAUUCGACAAGCUAUCCUUCUCCUAUAAAUACAAAGUUAGCGUGGUCUUGAUAUCGUACAAUGGUGUGAUAACAGGCACUAUAUCGGAUGUCAGAGUAGAUGUUGCUGUAUCGUUCGACUUUAACACAUACAAAGCCAAAGUUGAGUCGCUGAAAAUGACAAACACCGGUAAAAUAGAUGUCACAUUUGAUUCGGGAAUCACAGGCGUCGUAAUAAAUAUCCUCAGCGAAUUGGUAACUACGGUUUUGCACCCACUUCUGGUACAAAUUAUUCAAAGUACUGUAUUCGGCGUCGUCAACGAUGUUGUUGACAGUGUCAACGACGCCAUUGAUGGAAUAUUUACUCCACCAAGCGAAGUCCCUCCAUCGUUGCUUUUUUAUAAAUAGUUUCAUUGGGCUUUGGUAACUGAAUAAAACUGAAUUAAUUAUUAAAA